UUUGUGAUAAAUGGUUCAUUUCUCGGCCGAUUCCUGCACCAGCUACGGUCAUAGUGUGGGCUUAAAGGAUAAACUCAUCAAAGUAAUUGAUAUUUAUAUGGUGUGGUGCGAUAUUCGUGUGAAGUGGAGUGUACCAUGUCGGAAACUUAUGGUCGUUCGAACGUGUGUUUGAAUAGCCUAUAUAUGACGAUUGUGUUGACUUCUAAAUAGAUGCUGUUUAUCACUGUUGGAUUUUGCUGAAAGAUCGUUACGGUUCUAGAAACUUCACGCGGACUGUAUUUCGUGUAGACUUUGUAAAAAAGGAUCAUUUAAAGUCGUUAUACAAGGAUGAGUGACGUUGGUAUUGCGAUGUUGGUGGUAGCCCUGAUAGUUGUGGCGGUUGUGUUGUUGGCCGUAUUAAUUCGUAUAUUCGGCGUCUACAGAAUAACUUCCUGUUUUGCUACGAGCGAGGAAAAGGCUGUGUUGACAAAGAACGAGCAAUACAAUGGAUACAUGGUUGGUUCCGAGUCAUCGGAGAUCACGGCGGACCGGGGGGCGGGCAAGUAUGUCGAGUACGACACGCUACAGACUGACCCCCGAUACGUGGACCUCGAGUCCCACUCGCCCCCCAGGGAGGAGAGCGCCCGGAGCAGCCCAGUUUCGAUAGGGACUGGAUCUAUGGCUUCCGACGCCGAAUUUGGUCACGGUAUAAAACGAGCAGAAUCCUGCGACAGCGUGGCAUCCGAUUCUUCCGUACUUGAAAUGCAGCCGGAUAUGCCAAAAUUCGGACAGCUCGAGUUUGCCCUCGAAUAUGACAGGGAAGUAUCCGAGCUGGUAGUUAGUGUCAUUCAGGCGAGGGACCUCACUGCAAACCAGUACACAGGCACCCUGGACACCUAUAUACGGGGAAUGAUCCAACCCGCCGAGGCUGAAUUCAAACUGCAGACCAAGAUCCAACGUAAUACCACAGAUCCGGUUUACAAGGAGAGGUUCCUGUUUAACAUUCCAUCAGAGACACUCGAAGAACGCAUUCUUCAAUUCCAGCUGUUUGCUAUCGACAAGUACCAACGCCAUAAAGUCAUCGGGGAGUCUGACCUGCGAAUCGGAGAUGUGGACCUCAGAAAUCCGAUCAAAAUGUGGCUUAAUCUUCGUGAUAUUGAUGACAAACCGACCGAGUUCGGCGAUAUAAUGUUUUCACUGAGCUAUCUCCCGACGGCGGAAAGGCUGACAAUCGUCAUCGUGAAAGCCAGGAACCUUAAAUGGAAUGCAGGAAAAGAUACAGGAGACCCGUUUGUUAAAGUGUACCUGUUGCAAAAUGGAAAGAAAGUUAACAAAAAGAAAACCACCGUGAAAAGAGGCGAGCAAAACCCGAUAUUCAAUGAAGCGAUGAUCUUCUCUGUUCCCUCGUCGGCCCUGCCUACGGUACAGUUGAGAAUAACAGUUGCCGAGUUAUUGCCAGACAACAAGACACCGUCUUUAGGUCACGUGAUCGUCGGUGCUAGUACAUCUGGUACGGAGGUGUCUCACUGGAAUCAAAUGAUGACGUCACUGCGAAAGCCAGUUGCAAUGUGGCAUUAUCUAAGAAAAUGAUUUUAUAGAUAAAUAUGUCAUAAUCAUAAUUUUACCAAAGUUUUAACCGCGAAUGCAAAGAGCAUCGAAUGAAUCUACGAAAUGCUCAUGAAGAUUUUGUAUCGAAAAUACGCAAGCUAUACUGGUUGAGAAGCAGUUUCCGACAGUUUUUAAACGUUUUAAUUGAAAUGUUUUUACGUGUUUAAAUACCAACUAAAAUUGUUCACAUUUUAGAUAACUGCAGCUCAAGCUGUUAUUGUCGAUAUAUUUUUCACAUGUGUGACGUCACAUAUAGUGUAUCUAAUAGGGGCGCAAAGAGGGUACUUACACUGUUCUGAUUUAUAGCUUGUGAUGAGAAGCAGUUUCCGACAAAUCGAAUGCGGGGCAGAUUUAAGAUGCCUAUUGUGUGUUUUUAUUAUCCGUUUAUUCAAUAUACUAAAUAUAAGACUGUAAUAAGAAAAAAUAGUAUUUAAUUUCUCAGCAUUUACGAAAAAUUUAAACCUUAAAAUUUACGACAGUCAAUUCAUAGUCGAAAUCAGGCAGACACUGAAAAUCAAUGAUAUUUUGACUCAUUUCUGAUAGAAACUUGUGUUUGUAUACAUUUAAGUGAUUGUGGGUGCGAAACAAGCAUGACACCAGCGUGCACAAAUAUGUACACAAUGAUCAUCGUUUGUAUAAGUCAAUUUAAGAAAACCUUGUAGCUAUUCAUAGAUAUGCAAAUUAGGUUCACACGCAUGCGCAAUACUCUGCGCGUGCCGAUCCCCCACGUGUAAGUACAAAAUGAAAAAUAAACAUUAAACAUUAAAUAAUAAUAAAAGUUACUUACGUGUCUCGGUAAGAAUUUCAACUUUUGAUUGCCUAGUUACCAUAUGGUUGAAUUGCAGUACCUUCUUUAUAAAAAUCUAAAGAAAGUACGCAAACAAGCGAUUUGUCGGAAACUGCUUUCCGUCGGAAACUGCUUCUCAACCAGUAUACAUGUGUUUUCCAAAGAAAUUCAAUCUCUACGUAUCUUCUAAAUCAUUAUUUCGUAUUUCGUCGUUCCAAUUAUGGUCGGGGAUUCAUAGCAUGUUCAUUUGGCAGAUGAAUAUUUCUCUAGACUUCAAGACCUCGUUAUCAAAACACUUCCAGCGGAGUUAAAAGAAGUGAGUCAUCUUAUUUAUACGCUUCGGAAAUCGUCUGCAAUCUUCCAAUGGUUACCGUUCGUGGUUAUUUUCCCGAAUGUACAGUUGUUCAAGUGUAAGCCCUUGUUCAACAUAGUUGUAAUUUGUAGAUACAUCGCUGAUUGGUUGCAAUGGACACGUUCCAUGAUUAGUUCGUGUAUCAAUUUUUCCGUAUUUUGCCUACUUUAUGUUUUAUUGUUUGCUUUGAUAACUGCUAGCUUUGAAAACAAUUUUAAAACACAAAGAACAUGUUAAUAACCAAAUUCAUUCAGAGAAUUUGGACUCAUCCGUUGGCAUCUACAUUGUGUAUUUGACCUCAACCACGAAGUCAAAUUCUAUUAUAUUUUGUAUGUACAUUUUUGUCUUUUUUCUACAUGGAACCAAAAUUGUAAAAUGUAAAUAGAUCUGAAAAGUAAUCAAAAACGGACUGAUCCUGUUCAUCUUAAUAAUACAAAUGGGAAUUUCUCCAAACAUAUUUAGGUUUUCAUUUGUAUAUAACUAUUUCGCGUUAAAUGCAUUAUCCGCAUCAGCAUAACACAACAAUAUUAUAAGUUCACAUCCAUUUACAUUAAAAGGAUUUGUCAAAUUCCACCUAUUUGUUUGUCAAAUAAGGUUGAAGUAAACCCUGUUUCACCAGACGCACACUAAGUCUAACAAACACUGUCAAAUAGCUAAACAGUCUAUUGUAUUCAUUUCUUUUAUUCUCAAGGGAGUCGCCGCUUUGUUGAUCUGUUCGGCCUUCCGUCCGUCACACCCUUUUCCGCAAAAUAAUUUUGAUAAAAAAACCUUAGAUAUAUGGAUAAAUGGCAAUGAGUCAAAGUGCAGUGCUCAAGAACCAUAAUCCUAUCAUGCAUUUUAAUUAAGUCCUCUUCAUUUAACUUUUUUUCGCAAUUGAUGCUUGUCCGGACUAUAACUUAAAAACUGCUCAUGGGAUUAAAAUAAAACUUGGUUUAUAUAAUUAAAAGUGGCAAAGAGAGGAAGUGCAGUGCACAGUAACCAUAAUCCUACCAUGCAUAUAUUUGAAGUUAUCUCCACCUAACCAUUUUUACAUAAUUUGUAGUUGCGCACCCUUUUCCGGAAAAUAACUUCCAAACUUCUGAUGGGGUUGAAAUAAAACUUGUUUUAUAGAUAGAUGACAAUGAGUACAA